CGCUUCCCUCCAGCUCCACUGUCCGUCGCGUUCGCGUAGAAAUGUGCUCGUGAAACGCACGUCUCAGGUACGGUAGCCUCGUAGGGACUGCGGCCAGAGAACCGGGGAACUCGAGAUGACGGGCGCUCGGAGGUCGAUGUGUAAUUAGCUGCCAGCCGGUGAAACUGAAGUCCGUGUAAGGAAGUAUGUCUGGCAGAAUGCAGGAAUGCGCGCAAGAAAGGGACCUGCAUUCUGUCAAGGAGAAGUGGAAAUUUCCCUUGUCUGACGGCCAGGGUGGAAGGAACAGGUGCUUUUCUGUGGCGUCCGUCCAGCACACGCGUCCUACAGAUUUGCACCAACGGCAAUCUCAGCGUAUGAUGUGCAUCUGCGUCAGAAGGUGGCGGUGAAGAAGCUUUCCCGGCCCUUCCAGUCCCUCAUCCACAGCCGGCGCUCCUACAGGGAGCUGCGCCUCCUCAAGCACAUGAAGCACGAGAAUGUAAUAGGGCUGCUAGACGUCUUCUCUCCUGCCACUUCCCUGGAGGACUUCAAUGAAGUUUACCUGGUGACCAAUCUGAUGGGGGCGGACCUCAACAACAUAGUGAAGUUCCAGCGCCUCUCGGACGAGCACGUGCAGUUUCUCAUUUAUCAGCUACUAAGAGGCCUCAAGUACAUUCAUUCAGCCGGACUGAUCCACAGAGACCUGAAGCCAAGCAACGUGGCGGUGAACGAAGACUGUGAGCUGAGGAUCCUGGACUUUGGAUUGGCCAGACAAACGGAUGACGAGAUGACAGGAUACGUGGCGACUCGCUGGUACAGAGCACCUGAGAUCAUGCUCAACUGGAUGCACUACAACCAGACAGUGGAUAUCUGGUCUGUGGGGUGCAUCAUGGGAGAGCUACUGAAGGGGAAGGUCCUGUUUCCUGGCAACGAUUACAUUGACCAGCUGAAAAGGAUCAUGGAGGUGGUGGGCACCCCUAGCCCUGAGUUGUUGAAGAAGAUCUCCUCUGAACAUGCUCAGAAGUACAUCCAAUCCCUUCCUUAUAUGCCCCAGCAGGACCUGGAAAAAAUCUUCAGAGGAGCAAAUCCAUCGGCGGUGGACCUGCUGAAGCGGAUGCUGGUGCUGGACUGCGACGGGCGCGUGACGGCCGCCGAGGCGCUGGCGCACCCCUACUUCUCCCAGUACCACGACCCCGACGACGAGCCCGAGGCCCCGCCCUACGACCAGACCCUGGAGAGCAAGGACCGCACCCUGGAGGAGUGGAAGGAGUUGGUGUUCGAGGAGGUCAACAGCUUCAAGCCUCCCGGCAGUAAGAAGGACAGCCUGCAGGCGGAGCAAUGAGCCGAUGCCCCGCCCCCUUUCACCGCUGCCCCGCCCACUCCCCGGGAGGGACCGCCCUCCCCGUGUCUGUCUGUCUGUCAGUGUGGGGUCUUGGGAGAGACUGCCAACCAAACAGAGAAGACUCCCUGUCCUGUAGGCGCAUGACCCCCAAACCCCACCCCCCCCCCCCCCCCC